AUGCUAUUGGGUGCUCCAGUGAGUUGGGGUAGCAAGAAGCAUCCAAGUGUGCCACUGUCUACAAGUGAAGGGGAGUACAUUGAGCUAAGUCUGGCGGUUCAAGAAGGCAAGUGGACUCACCGCUUACUAUGCGAGAUCAUGGCGGCUGCUAACGAGGACGGACCCGAGCUCAUGAUCCGCGAAGACAACCAGUCCUGCAUCAAAACGACCAAGAAUCCGGUCAACCACGGCCGCGUCAAACACAUUGAUAUCAAGUACCAUCACAUUCGCGAUGAAGUCAAGCGCGGUGAAGUGAAGCUUGAAUACUGCGAGACGACGAUGAUGUGGGCAGACAGUAUGACCAAGGGACUCCACGGACCGCGCCACAAGGACUUAAAACCGCCGCUAGGCAUCUGUUCGCAUUCGGAUUGA